AUGACAGAUUCUGCUCUGUUCAUUGGCUUCGCUGCCACCCUUCUUGCGGUCUUCAUCGUUGACAAGCUUCUCCAAGCGAGGAAGAAUGCCAAUCGUCCCCCUCUUCCACCCGGCCCAAAGGGGCUGCCGCUCGUUGGAAACAUUCGCGACUUGCCUCAGCCGACUGAAUUUGCAGCUCGCUUUUGGUUGAAGCACAAGGAUCUGGAAGCUGGCUCUGUCAUUCUGAAUAUCGUCUACGGCUACAACGCCGAACAGUUCAAGAAAGACCCCUUGACUGGGAUGAUGAAUGACGCCAUGGAGCACUUUGCCUACGCAGCUACCCCUGGGAACUUUCUUGUCGACAUCAUUCCAAUUCUGCGAUAUGUUCCUGAAUGGUUUCCCGGAGCUGGAUGGAAGAAGAUCGCCAACAAGUGGGCUGCUGAACUGAAAGAGACCGUCGACACCGGAUACAAAUUCGUAGAAGACCAGUUAGCUUCGGGAAAGAAGAACGACUCGUAUCUCUCACGAGCGAUGUCGAGCAGCGAAGAUACCCCCGAGAACGUGCACAACAACAAAUGGACUGCGGCAUCCCUAUUCGGUGGUGGAGCAGAUACGUCUGUCGCAUCAAUAGCCACAUUCUUCCUCGCGAUGGCGAAGUACCCCGAGGUGCAGAAGAAGGCGCAGGAAGAGAUCGACCGCGUCAUUGGCAGCGACCGCCUACCUAACCUUGAUGACCGCGAUAAGUUGCCGUACAUCGAAGCAAUCGUUCUAGAGAUCCUGCGAUGGCACCCCAUUGGGCCCAUGGGUCUUCCACAUUCAUGCGAUCAAGACGUCGUCUUUAGGAAUUAUUUGAUCCCGAAAGAUUCAUACUUGAUGCCAAACGUAUGGUGGUUUACUCAUGACCCCGAGGUCUACCAAGACCCCAUGGAGUUCCGACCAGAAAGGUUCCAAGGCCCCAAGCCAGAGAAGGACCCGAGGAAGAUUGUUUUCGGUUAUGGCCGUCGGAUAUGCGCUGGACAGAUUCUUGCUGAGAACUCGUUGUUCCUCAACUUCGCGCAAUCGCUUGCCGUGUUCAAUAUCGAGAGCCCUGUUAUCGAUGGUAAAGUGGUCGAGCCCGAGGCAGAGUUCAAUCCGGGUGUGAUUAGCCAUCCGGCACCAUUCGACGUUUCUAUCAAACCCAAAACCCCACACCAUAAGAACCUUAUCCGAUCCAUUGAAGAGAGGUUCCCGUGGCAGGAGUCGGAUGCUCAAGAUCUGAGAUAG